AUGCAGACAAUGGACAAGCAAGCGUCCUUCUAUCCAAGGAAAAAACUGUGUUAUAGUAAAUUCCAGUACUCUAGCAUCGCAAUUUUUUUUGUUCGGUUCGACAGCAGAAACGUUUUGUUCGCAGAUUGUGUGUCGCAAACGCAAUUAGAAUUCUCCAUUGUCUUGAUCGCGACUCAAACAAAAUAAAGAGCCUUGAGCUACUGCUACUGGACGCUUGGCAGGAUAAGUGAUAUUUGUUUAAUUUGAACUUUUCUUCACACAGUUUUUCUCCCGGAUAGCUUCCUCCUGUUAUCAGACAAAAUAAGUUUGUCACGAGCACUCAUUGGCAAUUUUGCAAUGAAACAAUGUUUUUAAUGCGUAAUAAUGCAUACAAAAAAGCUGAAGCUUUACACGUGACCCUUCCCUCGUAUUUCUGCAGUACAAUUUUGCUGCCAGAAAAAUUUAUUAUGCAAAACGAAAAGCUGCUGCUGCAUCUGCGGCAUCUGCAAAAUACAAAGUGACAGAAACAAAUAGCGCUUUUCUUUCCAUACCCCUCAGCCAUUAGGCGUCGAACGUUCUCCGUGGAUAUCGUACGAAAAAAUUGUCUCAGUCUCAAACCUUUGCAGAUUCAGCCAUUCAAAUUUGCUCACCUGUGCUAAGUGCGACACAAGCAAAAACACUUACGAAGGAGGACUGUCUCGCAUGUCGAGCUUGAGAAAAAACUGUCUCGAGGAACAAGUUUCGCAUUACAAGUUGAGACUUCUGAGAUAGUUUUUCCUCACAAUAGUGGACCAGCUUCAGACCCGGGUGCUGCAGUGUGCUAUCAAGUGUAAAAAUGUCUGGGUCUGGAAGAAUCCGAACUUGUGAUGCUGCAUUUGGAUUCUAAAAAAAUCUGUAUUGCAUGACCAGCAAAGGGAAUGCAAUUUUGGCUACGCGGAGAGGGCAUUUGUCAUGCGGAAUAGGUAUCACGAAGCCCUCAAAAAGUCUGUGAUGCGAGGGUAUGCAUCACAGACAUCGUGGCCCAUGCAAAACGUGCAUGACAAGUUUCAGAAUCUUCCAGACCCAGACAUUUUUACAUUUGAUAUGUGCCGAUAGCUUGCCAGUGUCCGAUCUGGCUUUCAUCGCGAACGCUUUGUCUCACUACGCUCCGAAAAAUGUUCCCCCGAGUUCAACAUCUUUUGGUUGCGCCAUGGUGGUGCCGCAGUCGCGCGCCCCUCCAACCGCGAGAGCAGGAGACGCAAGCACUGCAACCCUACGCGCACCAUCUCCAAGGGGAAGCAGCACCAGCAGUUUCUGGUCUGAAUUCGCCAGGAAGUGCGCUGCGAGGGUGAAAAAAGACGCCGCGAACCCUGCUUCCCGGACGGGAAUAAAAUCGUCAGAGGACCAGGAAAACCAUGUGUCAUCGCUGGACAGUCGGAAUCUGGGCCUGCUAGCGAAUGCGUUCACGCGGGUGGACUGCCUCAACACGGCUGGUGGGGGAAGGAGCGGAACCGGUGGUAAAAGCGGCAGAGCUGAGCAUGACGAGGAGCGUGCUCCUGGUCCUGGUCGGAGUUUUGUCCUCGACGGUGAAAAUAACGUAAAAGCUGCCACGGAGGAAUCCUCAGUUGCGCCUCCCACCGACAGUGUCCAGGAGCUGUUCGAGGCCAUCUCAGACGCUUUGGUGGGUACGGGUCCUACAAGUAGCGGCGCGACAAAAACGCAGGGUCGGCCCGGGUGUUGUGAGCAACCAAACGAGCAGUCUAAUUUUCCCCCCCGUCUGGCGCGGUCAGGAGCGGAGGGAGAUGACGUUCUUCCUGCCACGUCUCCGCGCGACACCACCGAAAGUAAGAGAUACAACUACAACCCGGAGGAACAACGCAGAAGUCGCACGGUCUCUCCGAAGAGCCUCGCCCUGGCGCUACGUGCGAAUGUUUUCUCUUCGCGGCGGCCAGAGGUUGCAGCUUCUAGCAGCGCGACAUGGACGGGCCGAGGCGAAGACGGUGCGGAAGGAGCACUUGUUGAGCCUGCAGCCGUUGGUCGCAACAGGUCCACCUGUACGACGGAUCAGACGAUAGCGGCCGUGCUUGACCACCGAGGUAUACAAUGUAAAAAGUCAACAGAGCGUUCUUGCCCGGCCGUUCUCGAAUUUGUAUAAUUCAUGCGGACUGAAGUAGUGCUAGUGGUGGAAGUGCAGCUCCACGUGGACCGGCACUGCAACGCUAAGGCAGGAGCAGCUACGACAGGUGGGUCGAAGUCAUGCACUCAGUUCUUCGUGAUCGCGACGCAAGAACUUGCCUUGCGGAUAGUACUAAGAGUACAUCCGUAGAAGUUCUUGAGUGGCCCUUCCAGGUGCUGUAUUUCUAUGCGAAUACAAUUUUGGAAUGGGAGGGGGGCGAACGUGUUUCUGUUUUCUACAUUCCAUACGAGACGCCAACAGCACGGACCUGCAGAUGGCGCUGGCCACAGCGGACCGGGACUUUGUCUUGAACAGCUUGCUAUGCAUAAUCGACACGUCACGCAGUGUGGUCCUAGAUUCUUUGUAAAAAUCCGCGACUAGUUCUAAUUGUACUAACAAGUUGCGCGACGGCGCCCUGAUCUGUAUGUGCCUGGGGUAUAAGUUUACCGAGGUAGUUUAUUUCUGCCUUCAUGUUGCUGGGUGGAAAUUCGAACUACGAAUACCCAUGAAGACGCAAGAACGUCGUCGUUUCCAAAGCUCGGCAUUUGUUGUUCAUGCUGUGUGGCGGACCAUUCCACCCUGUCAGCAACACAAAUCAGCUGCAUCCUUCAAGAUCAUCUUCUAGGGGACUACAUAUUUGCAACCCAUACUUCUUGCUCGACACUGAUGCCGCCGACGCGAAUGCUCGCUACUUUCAACGUGAAAUAACGACCACAAGCGCAGCAUCUGAAGAUUUUACCACUAGCUUCACACAACCACCGCGACCUUCCGCGGCCAAUACCGGAGCCUGCAGCACGGAACCACCAGCCGCAUCAAGCACCCAAGAACCUCGCCGUGGUGGAUCGCGUCUCGCACAGCUCGCCCCCCGCCUCGAUGCGCCGGCGAUCGCGCGGCUGCUGCAGGCGGUAGCCAAGGUGAACAACGUGCGAGCAGCGCAAAUGGUACCUCCCGGGGAAGAGAGCAGAACUGGGAGAAGUAGUAGUGCAGCUGCCAGUGUUAGUGUUUCGGAGCAAGGAGCAGAGGAGGCGAACAGCGAGCUUCCUUCCCGGGGGGAUCUGCGAGGUGGAGCAGGACCACUGGAAAAGACGAUCGCUUCUAAAGAUGCGGGGAAACAAGGCGCAGGAAGUUAUUCUGUCCAUCCUUCUUCGUCCCGGGGGAUCCCCCACCUGCACCAUGGCGCCGGUGGCAGGGCCGAUGCAACCAGGAAGCAGAACAAAGAGAAGGAUGACGCCGCCAAGGAGACGCAGUUGUUUGACUUGUUUCGGCCCUACAUUUUGCAGUUGGUGCGGUCCGGAAGUACUUGUGCCACUUCUACUCCAGCCACGCCCGCAGAGGUCAGGUCGGGUGGUGGCGUUGUUGUUCGUUCCGGUCCCGCUGCUGCAACAGGUGCGGCUUUAUUGCCAGUGUCCAACCACGAAAGCAACGUUAAUAUACCGGGUGUUGAAGACUUAGAACGCUCUCCUGGCGCGCCGGCCGUGCCGGAGAACAGUAUAGCAGUAGAACACGGUGAACGAUUUUUGUCAGCUGCAAAUGGUGCCUCUUUGAAAGAAGUAAACCACGCCAUUGACGUGCAGGCACUGUCCAUGAUCAUAAAUGCGUACGCCCGCCUGGACAGGAAGGACGACCUGGAGGUCCUGCGCGCCCUGGUGUGGCGAGCGAAGGAACAGCUGAAAGAGUACAACGAGAAUAGUAGAAGCAUGGCAGAAGACAAUAUUACGCAUUUUCGCAAUUCUUGUGUCUAGGUCCGGAACAGCGGUGAAGACGCAGGCAAUUUUUGAUGCUUUCGUAGUUCAGGAGAUCUGUAUCAUUGCAUGCAUCGCAGCUCCUGCUGUGCCUGUGGGCGCUUUCAUUUACCAUGCAGCGAGCCGCGGCCUGUCCUUUGAGUCGACGGGGGCCCGGAAUCGAAUGCGCAGCGAGCGUAGGGAAUUUUGCCCUGCUGCUGUCGUGCCGCACAAGAACAUCACAGCAUGCUGGAAUAUUGCAAUAAAAACAAAUUUUCUACAACUGCACUCAUUUUCCCGAUCUGAAGAACAAGUUAUUUGUACUCGAUAAACUACAAAACCCUUUGUACUUGGCUGACAGCUAGUAGUGGUACAGCCACUCCUCGGGACGUUGGAAGCUCGACCAUGGUCGCGAGCGGGAACACACCGCCGCGGGGACCUCCUCCUCGGGAAAAGGGGACGGUACAUUUGUGUGGUGGUACGGCUUCAGAACAGUCUCCCCUUGUGCCAAUAUCAUCAUCGUCGUCAUCUUCACACGGCGGUGCUAAUAUGGCCUCCAAAAAGCUACAGAGUGACAGCACAACUACGAGUUGUACGAAUAAGCCGUGUAAGUUUCCUCCCCCGCCGAAGAUGUUUGCAGCGCCGCCGCCGAGAGGACAUUUAUCGCAGGAAAAAAGUGUAGUUGUCAUCUUGGCGUGCGCCAGCUGCUGUUCUCGUCGUGGAUGCUGCAACACUAAAGAGCAGGCGUUUGUUCUGGCUACUUGCUAGGAAUGUUUGCAAGUACUGUUGGCGGCUAUUUGCAUUUCUGAGUGUGUUUUCAUCCCGCUUUUGCGGGAACCAAACACGGCGGAUUUGUUCUUUCCCUGUCGUGAUGGCUUGAUCCAGGUCCUUAAAAGUCAAAAUUAUCCUCACAGUGAAGGAGACAUACUUUGUUUUUCGUGCGAUAAAUCGUUGCUGGUCGAACUGCAGCGCCGGCAGCUUCUGCAGGCAUAGAGGACGGCGCGACGCGGCGCUCUGCGACCGCUCCAGGGGGUGGUAUACUGCACGGAGUGGGUGGCAGCUCGUCACAUCUGUGCUGGCACAGCAGUAGAGCUCCAGGCCUCCUAAAAGUGGACCAUAUUGCCGUCUCGACUUUGUUGAAUGCGCAGGUCAAGCUAUUCAAUGCGCAAAAUUUCGAAUGAUCUUCACCCUUGCAGCUACUAUACUAAAGUAAAAAUUUAUUGAAUUUGUACAGCCUGCAUUUGUAGUACGAAUCAUGCGAACUACCUCUACCUGUUGUAUAAAAGAUGCGGGCACCAUUUUGCAUCUUGCAAACAGAGGACAAAGUGAAGAUGGGAAGCGGGGCAGUUGUUGUGAAAAUUUUGCCUAGGAUAGAAGCUGCAGUUUGUGGAUCUGGGCUAUUUCAAGGAAGCGAUGACAUGGUGCCAAAAUGAAGCGAACUUGCAGUCGUGCAGUCCGCAAUCGCUUUCGCUAUUGCUCCACGCGUUCGCGAAGGCCUUCAACGGCGUUAGCUCGCUGUUGUCGCUCAACUGCCAUUAUGCAUUGCAAAAGUAUGAUUAUGAGAUCGCUAUAUCUACAACACCAGAUGCGUAGUAGUUGUGAUUGCAUGACAAUUUUCCCAGAAUGAGAAAAAGAGUUUCGGACGCUUCUUGGACAGAUGGCACACAGCUAUAUACAGAUUUUUGCCUUUUUUUCGAAUCAGUACGAGCUACUUUUGCGAUGCAUACCAAGGACUUCUGCCACGAGGACGCGCUGUCCCGUAUCCUGAGUAAAAACGUCCCCACACCAGAGUCAAGAUGGGAAAUCUGCUAGACAAAUCAGCCAGCUUUUGUCAUUUGGCAUGACAAGUUUCUCCUCGUAGUGUAAUCCUGUUUAGGUAGUUCAGCAGCGUCACAGAUCUAGUACAUCAUGCGGAUUAUAGCAUCACAAAUUCCAAAACACGACUAGAAAAUGCCUCUCAUUGCGCUCCGCAUGACAAACUUUUUUGGCAUGCAGAUUUGCAUGACAACUCUGGUGUGGGUACGUUUUUACUCAGGAUAUCCCGGGACGUAUCAUCAAUGACUGCAGAGCUGCAUGUACCACCAGCUGCUCAACUUGAUGGUGACAGUUUCCGCCUCGCGGGCGGACCCUCAGUGGAACCGCACCACGAACCAGAACAAAACGGGGCAACCUUCUACUUCCAAUCGCCCAGCGCGGGCCGACCUGGAGAAUUGCGAAAGCCAAGCGUCAGCCAAGUGUCCCGCUCCGUUUCGAUUGACGAAGGAUCCUGCCCCGCCACGGCAGAUGAGGAUGAGCGCGCGCUUUCCACUGCGACCGACGGCUCCGCAGCACUGUCAGAACUUCUUCCGCCACCGCGUCGCCGCAAGGAAAUGCAUAGUAGUACUAGCUAUCGAAAGCAAAAAAUCUACACGCGGGGUCCUCGUCAAAGCUUGUGCUGCCAAGUAAGCUCUGCAUGGCAAACAGACUGCAGUUGGCAGCCAACAACGAUAAAGUUUGGGUGGGUUCUGUGAGGAUGCGUGUUGUAGCUUCGUUUUGGCAGGACAACAAAGACCACAGGCCUAAUACGUUCGAGCAGCGCAUUUACAGACAUUGCCAUGCGCUGUAAAAAAAACUGUAGCUCUACCAGCAAAACAAGGAGACCCCGACGUGUUUGCAAUGCAUCUCAGCCCGUUGAGUUCGACGAGUGCGAGCGCCACCUCUUUCCCACUUUCCGCCAACGUGAAAGCAACAGGCGUCCCCCAGCACCGCCAGCCAAGUAGAAAUCACAACUUCAGCUUGCCGAAGCGGGCGAACAAUCGAAACUUUUGUGAUUUGGAGGAGUUGCAAGCUUUGUUUUCCCGCCAUUUCGUCCCGUGCCUGUUGCAGAAACUGCCGGAGUUCACACCCCAGAACCUUUGCAACGCGGUCGGCGCCUUCGCGGCGGUGGGGGUGGUGUAUAAUCGUGGGGACCAGAUGAAGAUGUUGAACGACCAGUUUCUUUGCAGCUCUUCGGCUGCCAGCAGUCAAACUACAACUCAGUUUUUCUUCGCAAAGGCCGCCGAGCGGUUUUUGGAAUUCGCAGCGGCGACCGCUUCCACAUCUAGUUGUAGCAUGACAGCUAAAAGUGGUACUUCUACCGCUAUCCACAAGCUGAAUCCGCAGGACGUGUCCAAUUUCUCCACGGCGUUUGCAAGGUAUCUGACCGGCGGCAGAGCUGGCUCGGGUCCGGGGGAUCACGAUCGAGGUCCAGAGAACUUGCAGUUCUGCAACACGGCCGCGGCGGAUCACAGUCUGCUGGAGCCGGCGAUUCAAAAGUUGCUGCUCAUGCUCGCGAGCUACCGAACUUGUAGAAAAAAUAUAAUCUUCGGAAGCAGUCCUUCUGGCGGUCCGCGAGGGACACCGCAAGACUCAGCUGGUAGGGCAGUUACAACUACUUCCACCUCUACUGCAGGUCGUGUGGUUGGAAGUAGUAAUCUACCACGCGCUGGUAGUACUUCGUCGCCCACGACUGGCAUGCGACCCUUCGAGCUCUCCGCCUACCUCAACGCGCUAGCCUGUUUCUACACGGAAACGGCUUCUCUUUUCAUGGUCACUGGUGCUGGAUUGGGUUUGGGGCAGAAUCAGAAGGCGGCUGGAAUUGUGGAUUGUCAUAAUUCGUCAUCACCCAGUUCUUAUGCUGCAUUGCUCAGACAAGAGAUCGUAAAGACAUUCGACGUAUGAACUGCAGAAGUAUAUCUGUUGGCGGGUCUGGAACACGAAGGUUGCUUUGCCAUGAUCCGUAAAAAUGUGCAUCCUGCGAUUAUUUCCAGAACAAACUCACCUAGCAUUUUGCUGAAGCAGUUGAUGGGAGGACAAAAAGUGAAAGGCGGCUUUCGGUGCUCAUGCGAGACCGACGUCUUUGUCGUCCUUUCACAAGGAUGACGAGGAGCAUCACAAAUUUGCAUUCUUCCAGACCACCAAACGAUACAUCAUUUGCAAUGCAUAGGACGAGUGCAAAAACGACGUUUUCAGCAGAAGCCUGCGGAUUUCCAGUUCCGAACUCGCGUUGGUGCUAAAUGCCUAUGCCAAGGUGUUUAUGCAUUGCAAAUAUGGCUGGGUCUGGAAGACGAAAAAUGCAACUUGUGAUGCUGCCUUUGGACGAUUCUACAAAAGAACAGCAAGAGGAGUCCAAUCUUUGCUACGCGAAGGGGCGAGUCUCAUGCGGUAUUGGCAUUAAAAAGCCAUCACAAAUCCUGUGAUGCUAGGGCGUACAUUACAGACAUCAUAGGUCAUGCAAAUGCAUGUCAAAUCUUGCAAGCUUGCAGACCCAGACACCUGUGCACUUGAUAGUGUUUCCGCUCUUCAACGAGAAUGUUUCUGUUGCUGAAGCAGAGAAGAGAGCGGUGAAAUCUGUGGACCGAGAAGCUGAACGACCAGGUGCGACGUCUUCUUACACCGCCACUAUGGCAAAUGGUAGUGUGAUGUCAUCGUUUUCGACUUCGGCCCCCACCACCAGCAGCAGAGCGGCCGGUGCUUUUUCCUCCGUCAAUCUGGCAGAUUUCGUGGCGAAGUGCAUCACCACGGCGCAUGAGCAGCCGUUCCAGGGCCUGAACUUCGUGCUCGCGUUCAACGCGAUUUGCAAGUUGGGUUUUAACCCGGACCUCAGUGCAUCUGAUACAAGUGCUGGCACGUCAACAUUAACGACGUCAAAAUUUUUCACAUCUACACCCCGUGCCUCACCGUCUCCUGAAGGGGAUCUUUCUUCCCCAGAAAGGACUGUUUGCCCUGGUGAUGAAGAUGAUAGUACUGCGGGGGCACCAGAAGCGACGAGGGCACAACUCACAACACUGAGAAAGCGGACUGCCCUACUUCAAACGAAAUGGUCCGCCGGGUUUGCGAAUCUGUCGAACGCGAACAAUCGGCGCACUAUACGAAUUGGAAAAUAAGCUGUCUUGCCCCGGUUGCAGCAGGCCUGGCAAAUAUUUCUCUUGCGAAGUUCGUACAUUGGCUUGCAUAAGAGGUCUGCGGAUGUCUUUCUAUUUCCAAAUUGUUGCCGUGCAGUAAAGACUUCGCGUGACACGCAACGCCCAACAAGUACUGAGCGCAAGCCUUCAGCACAGAUUUUUUGCAAAUGUGCAUUGGAAAUUUGUGUUGCUAACAUUUGGAACUUCGCUUCACGAACCCCUCUUUGCUCCGCGGGCGGGACACGUCUUAUUUUCAGUUUGAUUCAGUAUCGACACCAUACACAUCUCUAGUCUGAUGAACAGUCUCGCCCGGUGCCAAUUCUCGAACAAGCACAAGCAGUGGGUAAUCGAGUGCCUGAACUACAGUCGCAAGUACCAUAUGAUAGUAGUGGAACAAGGACAACCAGCAGAUACUAAAGGACAGGCAGAAGAGGCGGGCGCUACAAAACUGGGUUCUACUUCGUCAGUAGCACGAAAAAAUCCUUCCCAGUACUACAACAAGAACCUGCACCAACAUUCUUGGACCCUUUCCUCCACCGCAGUGUAUUUCCACGCUCUUAGUAUUCUCUUGACCCAAAUGAAAGACGCCCUGCUGAUUGCGGACAAGUGGUUGCCCGUUUUUGACUUCUUAGCGGACAGGAUAGCGAGAACGACAGAAGUUGUGACCAGGAUCAAGAAAAACAGCGAGGGCGGGCGGAACACAAUAACUACAGUUCUGGGGGACGGGUGCGAAGAUUGUAACCGUGAUGUACUCGAAGUAGAAGACCAUGGUUUCCCGAAUUAUGCACAGUAUCAGCCAAGCGACCAAAUCUCCGGGAGGCACGCGAACCAGAAGAAGUGCCAGCGGCAGAUCGUGCAGGCGCUGUUGCAUUUCGCCGCGGGAUUCAACUUUGAAAAGCUCCGGCUGGGGACGGUGCGGAACCUGGAAAAAGUUUUGAUAAACGGAGGCGGAGGUCUUGGUUGUGAUAAGAGAAGUAGUCUGAAAAGUGCCAGGAGAAAUUCAUCUAAACGCGUAGAAGAUGAUCAAACAGCUGAUAAAGUUGUAGGAACUGCUUCUUCAUCUCUACUUUCAUUUACACACCCCAAGAACGGCGCUCUUGAUGUCCACGGCCCCGACCCGGUUGCGUGUUUCGGCUGCACGGUAGCGGCUUCGGGUAUGCACGUUGGGUCUUCUGUCUUUUCCGGGACAUCAGAAACUGUACCAGCAGCAGCUCGAGACGAUGAUGAAGACACGAGCAGAAAGAAGUCGGUAAUAUCUUCGAAAACAAACGGUAACGGAAUGAAAAUAGCGGCUAGCUGCGCUUCCGAUUUUCCGUCCCCGUUACACCACCCGGCAGCCGGCCCUGUCAUCAAUCACGGGAACCUCGGGUUUCACCAGGAUUUGCUUCAAGUACUGCAAAGCGUUUUGGCCACGACAGCAUCAGGAGUAGUAAGUAGCGGAGUUGGUAGUAGAGGGCAACAUCAUGCUUGCAAAAGUACUUCUGCAUCAAACGAUCCAUGGAAAAACACAGCACUACACCUCUUUCCGGAAGUGGACAUUUGCGGGGUCUACUCGGUAGAUGUUGUGGUUGCUUGUUAAAACGCGUUUGGUCUAUUCAGCACUAGCAGUACUGCUUGCAAGUGCAUUGGAUUGCUUUUACUGAAUGAUUUUGAUGAGGAAUUGGAAUACUUAUCUCGACGGACUGGUACAUCCUUACAAUCGUCAGUGUUUAGAGGCAUUGUUCCCUGGGUGAGGGUGAUAAGUAACUACUGAGUUGAAGACGAAAGACCGACUCGCCUACCGGCUGUAGUCGAUGUGUGGUCGAGCCGAAAAAAUCCUGAGUGCAGCUGACAUCCUCAUCUGAAGAACAAGUGUCGCGAUUACUACUCUACUUGUUUUAGUAGAGGCUAGCACCAGGUUCAGUUUUCUUUUUGACGGGGGAUAAUUAUG